AUGCCGGCCGGUGCGAUCUCCGCUGAUAGUUCGAAGCUCGGUCUCACUGCGCCUGAGCCUAUUCAUGCACUGCAGGAUGUCGAAGCAGAGAGACGUGCUGUCUCGAAGCAGAAAACAGCGAUUGUGAUUGCCUGCGUCACGUUCAGUACCGGGAUUCAAUCCUUCCUAGCUGGCGUGGUGACGAUCGCGAUUCCGACAAUGGCGGUGGAUUUGAAUCUGCCUGAUAAUUUGGUUCUCUGGCCUGUUACUAUUUACUCGUUAACUUGCGGAUGCACGCUGCUGGCCUGCGGUUCGAUCUCUGAUGUCGUGGGAAACCGCCAGACCUACCUUCUAGGCUGUCUGCUGCAAACCGCUUUCACGAUGGGAUGCGGACUGUCGACUACCGGAGCGCAGUUGAUUAUCUUUCGCGGAUUCUCCGGAGUCGCGGCCUCCUUCUGUCUGCCGUCAGCCGUCAGCUUGAUUAACGAGGUGUUCCCGACUGGCCGAUCGCGAAAUAUCAGUUUUGCGGCCAUGGGGGGUGCGCAGCCCGUGGGAUUCGGGCUCGGGUUAACCCUGGGAGGAAUCAUUGCUGCCCAGGUCGGCUGGCCAUGGGGGUUCCACGCGGCGGCGAUCACUAGCUUCGUGAUGCUAUUGCUGGCUGCAUGGCAGCUACCGCGGAACGAGUAUCCUUCUGCGCGAGUUAUCGGGCAGCGGCUCUUGAACGAUAUUGACUGGGUAGGGGUCAUCAUUGCGAGCACCUCGCUAGCCAUCCUAUCCUACGUGAUCGCGGCCAUCGCAGGAAGCCCCAGCGCAAUCCGCUCCCCAACCAACAUCUCGCUCCUCCUCGUCUCCUUCCUCGUCCUCGCCCUCUUCGUCCUCUGGGUCGGCCGACAAGAACGCCUCUCGCGCCCAGCCCUGAUCCCCAAUUCGCUCUGGCGCCACAAAGUCUUCACCUGCAUCUGCAUCAACGUCUUCUUCAUCUGGGCCUCAUUCAACGCCUUCGAACAAUUCCAGAACUUCUUCUUCCAGGAAAUCCAACUCAUCUCGCCCUUCGACUCCGCCCUGCGCUUCCUCCCCAUGCCGGUCUCCGGCGCCCUCGCGAACGUCCUCGUCGGCCUGAUCGUCCACCGCGUCCGCGCCGACUGGAUCGUCAUCAUCACCCUCAUCCCGUCCGCUAUCGCCCCGUUGCUCAUGGCCAUCGCCAGCCCGACCUGGUCGUACUGGUCUUGUGCGUUUAUCGCGAACAUGCUGAACCCGAUCGGCGCGGAUGGCAUCUUCACGGUCUCGAAUCUGCUGAUUACGUCGAUGUUUCCGCCCAAGACGCAGGGCGUUGCCGGGGGUGUGUUUAAUACUGUCUCGCAGACGGGGAAGAGCGUGGGGAUUGCGUUGACCGCGUUGGUGGCGAAUGGCGUGACGCAGAAGUCUGGGGAUGUGGAUAAAGACGGUACCGGGGCGCUGUUGGAGGGAUAUCGGGCUGCUUUCUGGUUCGAGUUUGCGUUGACGGUGGCGUGCUUGGGGGUGAGUGUUUGGGGACUGGGAAGGAUUGGGAAGGUAGGUAGGAAGAUGGACUAG